AUGAUAAAAACGGAGAUUAAGUUAUUGUUCUUGGUGUUGCAACUUGUGAAUGCAUUUAGAAGUCAAUAUGGUUCGCCAGAUGAUGCCAGUUUUGAUCAGGACGGUUUUUAGUUUGAUUGCAAAGGAGGACAUUAUCAUGCUCCUGGGAUGCAUCCUCAUCCUUGCGUUUGUAUAUUUAUAAUAUUGAUUUAGACUUUCAUUCUGAUUGUUAAUAUGUCACAGAAACUAAAAUGAUCAUCUCGAAUGGCAAUGAAAUGUUAUGCCAUCCGAGAGUUAAACAAUACAUUAUGUGGCCAUUUCAAUACUAUGAAAAAGUGUUAUUUUGCUAGCACUAGGCUGGAAUAUAUGAAUAUUCUGAAAACACCGAUUUGGUACUUUCGUGUUAAUUUGUUCUUCAAGAUUGCAUAAUAGCCUAAAAGUCUGGUGAUAUUAUUAAGUGUCAAUUUUGCUAUUAAUACAGGAAAGGAUAAUAUUGUCAAGAUCUUAUUAGUAAUUUAAAUAAAUAUUUAGAUUGUGGAAACAACUGUGCAAGUUGUACAUCGAAUUAUUGCUAAACGUGCAAGGAAGGCUACUCUCCAUAAAGUGACACUGAUUUAUAUUGUAGUUUAGGUAAAUAAAUUAGAAAUGUAAUAGCCUGUCAAACAGGACAUUUAACUUGUUCUUUAACUAAUAAUGUAUACGCAUUCGAAGGGUGUAAAAAAGGUUAUGAAAUGGUUGGUAAUUAAUGUGUAGGUAUAAAUAAUAAAAAAUUCAAGCUUGUCCUAAUAGAUGCACUGUUUGCACGAUGGGAAUUUGCUCUGAAUGCGAAUUUCAUUAUUUUUUAAAAGAUAACUAAUGCUUUGGAGACAAACCCCAACCCCAACCCCAAAACCCAAACCCACGGAAAUAGAAGGUGUAGCUUAUGACACUUCAAAUAUUGAGGUAUUUGUGUCGAAUCUGUUAAUAAUAAAUCAAAGUGGUGGUUAUUAGAUAUAUACAGAUGAAAAAUGCAGCUAGGGAUUAUUUGAGUUAUUAUCUGACCCGCUAGAAUAGAUAAAAAAAAUUGUAUCCAUUGUUAACUAGUUAUUAAACAUGA